UCCGGGUUGGGCGGCUCUCGCGCGAAAGAGGUAGAGGCAAAAUGGCGGCCAAGCAGGUCGCUAAAUGGGCAGCUCUUCCUACAGUUCUAGCAUGGACUUCUACUCAUGCACUUGACGCAGCCGAAGGAGAACAGAAAUCCCGCCGGGUUAAAGCACAUCAACUUCCCAUUUACAACGCCCCACCUCUGGAAUCACAGUACAUUGACGAAAAACCCGGCCGGCUGCAAACCAGGAUUUCAUCCAUAAGAAAGUCAACAAGUUAUUACCUAAAGAACUGCAAGGUGAGAACAAAAACAGGCUUCUUGAUUUAGGUACAGAAACAAUAC